GUCGAUGGAACUCCAUUUCCCCUUUCUACUCAAGCUCCACUUCCUGAUUUUCGAGUGAAGGAAGCAGUCCCAUUCGAAUUCUGCGGAACAGAUUACACGGGACAUUUGUUCGUUAGGGACCAACACACUGGUCUUUCUAGUAAAGUUUAUGUACUAAUUUUUACGUGCGCCUCAACUCGAUGUAUUCACUUAGAAUUAACUCAAGAUUUGACCGCCGCAUCAUUCAUUUUGGCUAUGCGACGUUUCACUGCUCGACGGUCAACGCCCCGGAAAAUGAUCUCAGAUAACGGUUCCACAUUUAUAGCCGCCGCUAAGAUUUUGAAAGGACUCGAGUCCAGUCCUGAGGUACAAAACUAUCUUACCAAAAAUCGUAUAUCGUGGCGUUUUAAUCCUAAACGAAUGGCGUGGGCCGGAGGCCUAUUCGAGAGAAUGAUAGCCAUAACAAAAAUUGCUGAAGAAAAUCUAGUCGUGCCAACGUGA